GGCUGUGGAAACAGUUGGUUUAUAGUGUGUGCUUGCUAUCGUUCUCCUGGAAAAUGUAAAAUUUCGGAUUUCAUUCCAUCUUGUGUUGAUGCAGCCGAACUAAUGUAUGGCAAACGUAAAGAAAUUAUAUUCAUUGGUGAUUUUAAUAUGGACAUGCUAAUUGGACAAAAUAACUCACAACGUCCCAAUCAAGAUCUUUCUAACUUUAUAGAGCAGCUUUGUCUAACAAACCUUAUAACGAACCCUACUAGAGUGACAAAAUCUACCAAGAGCCUUCUUGAUGUCAUAUUAGUGUCUCAUCCAGACAGGUUUGUCAUCAUUUGGGAAUCAGUGACCAUGACUUAA